AAAACUGAAAAGAAAUUUUUCGAACGUUACAAACGUUAGUGGACUAGCGUAAGUCAUAGUCGCCGCACUCAUCGAUCCGCUGAUUUUCUUUACAAGUAUCUAGUAUCUAUAGAUCGUUCGGUGAAUUGUAAGAGAGAGUGUAUAACGUAGUCGCGGGUUUACACUUUCGGACAAUACUUUUCUAAUACCGCGAAAAGUGACCAGUGCUAACCCAAAAAAGAUCCAGUAUUGAAAAUUCGAACGCGAAUAAGUGCAUUCCCGGAUUUUUGUUUUAGUUUAAGUGAAAGAAGGACCUUUUUCGGAAUACUAGUUUUGAUCCACGCUGCAAAAGAUGAAGAUUUUAUUACUUCUCCUUAUUGCGCUGCCUAUAUCAACUUUGUCAUAUGUCGUGGAGAAAGAAAUCAAAGUGGAGACAAAUGUCCAAGGCCCAUCAGCAGAUGCUACCAUAACGAAGAGAUCGGGAGGCGGCAGUUUUGAUUUUGUUUCUCAAAUUAAAAAGGGCUUUCUUUCUGGGGCUGGGCGAGCGUCAGCUGCUCUAGCGUCAGGUAGCUCUGGAAGCAGUAGCAGUUUCAAUAAACCAGAGGAACCAGUGCACGCCAACUCAGUGGACUUCGACCCUUGGUCACUAAAGAAAUCGGUCUUCAACACUCUUUUCCAAGCUGUGAAAGCCAUCACGGGAGGUGUAACCGCAAUUAAGGGACAAAUCAUCAAAGGCAGCGGCUACGCAUUGAGUGCGGGUGGUUCGCUAAUUGCGGCUUCUGGUGACAAAAUUACUGAUGUCGGUAAGGGAAUUGUGAACUCGGCACAAUUGGUUCCAGUUUCUUCACAUAGUGCUCCAGCAGCGCCGGUCGCCGGUAAAUUUGCAUCAUUGUCUGCGGCUUCAUCGGGCAGCAGCAGCGGUAGUAGUGGCAGUGUUCCCGAAACUGGUCACGGACCCACAGGUCACGGUGAAAUUGUACCAUCGUAUGAUAUACCAACUGCUCAUCAAAGCUAUGGACCACCAUCUAAAUCUCCAUCGCAUUACACGAGUACUUCCUCGCAAUAUCUACCACCAGGAACAUACACUAGUGGUCUGCACUUCACAGGGCCAGCAUCAUACGAAAGUUCGCCUCAUGUCUCCUAUUUGCCAAUAGAAGGAUCACCAUCAUUUAUACAUGACAGAGACAGCAAUAGUGCUUCAACAGCACUAAAGGAAAUCAUGCAAUUUUUGCCAAAGCAUGAGACGAAGAAACUGACCGCAACUUACGCCGCUGCCCCAAAACGACAUAAACUUGUUGACCAGUACGAAAUCCCUAGUGAUCCGAUUCCGACAUACAAAACCUAUAAAAAGCACAUAUCCGAACCACUAGCGCACAACACACUAGAUCACCGUCCAUUGCACAACCUCCACCACCAUCAUCCAUACGACGCCUAUCAUAGUCUAUCGUUGAGACAAACUAAGCGAUCUGGCGGACAAACUCCUAACCAAAACGCCAUCCCGAACUCCUUGAAAACCCCAUACCAUAUCCCCCAAUUCAAAUAUGUGGACCAAACGCCAUGGAAAGUAUCUUUGAAUUCCGGCGUUCCAUCGGCGCCUCUACCAUCCCCAUCCCCAACUCCAAUAACGGUAGAAAAGUCAAUAGCCCCUCUAGAUAUUGAGGCAUUAGUAGCGACAUUGGAAGCAAGGAAAAAAACUAUUGGGGAACAAAGAUCCUCCAUUUCGGUCCAAGAACCCGUUAAAGGACGUACAGAUCGGAAAAUUCCCGUACCAGCGGAGGAUAGCGUACCGAAAACACUGAAUGUUGAAGUUCUCAAAUCCGUCGGAUUUCAAAUCACUGACCCCGAACUAUUCAACAGAGAACUGAUGUACUUAUAAGAAGGACGAUGACACCCACGGACUGAUAUUUGAAUAUUUAUUCGUUACAAACUUAUCUAACUAAUUUAUUUUUGUGUGCCACUACAAGAUACUUCCGACCAAUUCUUCUAUAAACUGUUUGAGGUAUAAUUGUUAUAAAAACGCAGUUACAUGCGAGCGUAUUACAUUAAAUACAGGGAAUCAGGUGCAUACUAUUAGACUGAUAGAUACAUUGUCGUGGAAAACUGUAACACUUGGUGUAAACGGAAUUUAUCGCAUUUAGUGUAGCAACUGCUGUACUUGUCGAAUAUAUCAUAGCGUCUAGAAUUUAACAAUAAUUCAUACACAUAUGAAUAGAUCUUUUACCCGUAAAGUAUGUAGUUGUGACGUGCUAUUAGUCUAAUACCUUUUUAAAAUGAAGUAUGGAAAAAUUUAUCUGCGUAAGGCAUGAAAAGAUUGUACACCUUGUUAACUAUAAUUAAAUUUAAGUUAAGUGUAAAUUUGUAAAAAAUAAUAUUUUUUAUGUUGUUGUAUAUAUUUAUUAUAACUUACGAAAAAAUGUUUGUAAAUAAAUGUAGGUCACAUUGGUGGUAUUACUAAAAAUA